CAACCCCGCGUACUGGGGGCGCAACGCGGAGGAGUUCCGCCCCUAGCGGUUCCUGCAGGGCACGCUGCCGCACCCCGCCAUGUUCGUGCCCUUCAGCCACUCCGUCAGGAACUGCCUCGGUGCAACAUACGCAAUGAUGUCGGCGAAGACGGCGCUGGUGAACCUGGUCCGGCGUUACCGGCUACUGCCGCCGGUCGGCGUACGCGCCGCUGACUUGCAGCGCCCUCUGCCCGUCAAGUACGACGUCAUGAUGAAGGCCGUCGACAAUUUCACCCUUCGAAUAGAAGAGAGGAACCAAACCAAAACACUGAAGGAAUAG